AUGGAAUUGGAAUUGGAAAUGGAAAUGAACAGCCAAAGUGAUGACGAAGAGGAUGCUGAAGAUGACGAUGAAGACGGAAAUAAUCUCCAAAAUAACAACAACGAUAAUGAUAGCGCUACAAUUGAAUCGGAAGAUUCAAUUGAAAACAAAAAACCACUAGAUUUGGAUUUCUCAAAUCAAAACCAAUUGAUAAAUACCGAUGGCCUUAAAAAAGGACAACUAUCAUCCGAUUCAACUCAAUCUCCUCAAUUAUCAGAAAAUUCACAGGCACCCAACUCAAAACCAUUGAGCGACAAUACUGCUCAGUCCCCUUCUUCAAUGUCCAUUGAAACCUGUUCAAAAUGCUCUCUAACUUUUACAAGCAAAAGAGAAUUAACUAAUCACUUUAAUAUAAUUCAUCUUGGUUCUGAAAGGCCUUUUCCAUGCUCCAAAUGCUCAAGAUGUUUUAAAUAUAAAAACAACUUGUCAGUCCAUUAUAAACUCAUUCAUUUAAAAGAAAGAAAUUUCAAAUGUGAAGUUUGUGAAAGAUAUUUUGGCACAAUGGCAAACUUAAAGCGCCAUUCAAAAAAUGUUCAUAGCACUGAAGUAUAA